AUGGCGUCCAUUAGAAGGGCUAUUGCGAUGUCGAAGUGUUUCUUUGAUAUUUCGAUCGGUGGUCAGAGUAAGGGGCGUAUCGUUUUUGAACUUUACUCUGAUGUUCCCAAAACUGCCCGAAACUUCCUUGAACUUUGCACUCAUAAAAAUGGCUUCGGAUAUAAAGGCUCCACUUUUCAUCGCAUAAUUCCAGACUUCAUGUGCCAAGGUGGUGAUUUCACAAAUCACAAUGGCACUGGUGGCAAGAGUAUCUAUGGCAAAAAGUUUGAAGAUGAAAAUUUCAAUCAUAAGCACGAUAAGCCAUAUUUGCUAUCAAUGGCCAAUGCUGGUCCCAAUACUAAUGGGUCACAGUUCUUUAUUACUGUUGCCAAGACCUCUUGGCUUGAUGGCAAGCACGUUGUCUUCGGUGAGGUUGUAGAGGGACAGGACGUUGUUAAAGCAAUGGAGAACGUCGGAUCUAAAUCUGGCGCAACGGAUAUGGAAGCGAAUCAAUGUGUCGCGGUUUUCAUCAUCCCCUUUAAUAGCCGACUUUUUGCGACAAAAUGUAAUUUUUUGGAAAUACGAUCUACUGUUGUCUCUAUAUUGAGUGCUAUCCUUUGUGCUAUAGACCUAGCUAUUAUUUUCACAUUCGCAACGCGUUAG